CAGAAACCGCACCCCGAAACCUUCGAUUUUGGAUCGCGAAGCUUUGCGCGAGCCGUUAUGACACUGCUUCUGGGUCGACUACUUUUCAAACAACAACACCCGUGGCGAUGGACGAGCUCUGCAACAUUUGCUUUGAACCGAGCCACGUGGCGUCCGCGGUCUGGCGCUGCGACUCGUGCCCGGCGGUCGCGUGCCUCCGCUGCAUGCGCCACUAUGUGCGUCACAAGGUCAAUGGCGGCCAAGUGACAACCGGCCAGCUCGUGUGCCCGGGCCCGUGCCGGUCGCCGCUUGCCAACGUCGAGCUCUUUAUGCAGCCGAGCUUGUUUGUCAAGUACACGCGGUUUCUCAACACGCAGCUCGAGAUCCAGCAAGGCACGCGCUACUGCCCACGCCCGACGUGCGGCGCGCCUCUGAAUAUGGACAAGUCGUCGUCCGCCAAGCGCCGCGUCUACUGUGCGACCUGCGACACGGAGAGUUGCUUUGAGUGCGGCGACCUCUUCCACGCGUGGCCAGUCUGCAAGGACCGACGCUUUCGCAAGUAUUGCGACCGCCAUGCCGUGCAGACGUGUGCGCGCUGCCAAUGGCCGAUCGAGAAGCACGGCGGGUGUAACCACAUGACGUGCCUGCGGUGCGGCCACGAGUUUUGUUGGCUCUGCCUCGCCGAGUGGGGCGAGCACUCGAAAGUGCACUGCCUUCCACUCGCCAUGCUGCAUUCGAAACACAUUUUGUACGGCCCGACCGCGCCGAUCCGCUUUGUGACCAAGUCGGUGCUCGCAACCGUCGCGACGGGGUCGGCGCUGGUCGUGGGCUCGGUCGCCGCGGGCCUCGCGGUGACGGGCGCCAGUGUCCUCGCGUGCGCGGCCGUGUUUGUUGUACCGCCCAUCGCCCUCACCAAGCACCUCAAGAAGAAGACCAAGCUGAAACAGCAGCGCCAAGCAAGCCAUGCCACGGCCGCGGCCUGAGCGAAUCGAUGCUGGAUUAUGUGACCUGAACAUUUCAUUUGUAUCUUGAAUGCACCACUACCCGUCCCUUUUGUGUGCUGGCGA